GCACCAAAGUUUAAUCUGUGGCCUUAAACGACGCAGCUACCCAUUAAAAACCAUCAUCCUCUCCCACUACUGUGCCGUCGGGUCGUCCUCAGUUCUCAGCAUGGAGCCGCAACCUCAACCUCACAACAACUACGUUGCACUCAUAAUCGGCGUCACCGGAUUAACAGGAGUCAGCCUAGCCGAAGCCUUGAGCCGCCCUGAUUGUCUCGGUGGCCCUUGGAAAGUUUACGGCGCUUCGCGGCGUCCUCUUCCGGCAUGGUUCUCGCCCUCCCUCCUCCACCAUUACAUUACCUUGGACGCGCUGGACACCGAAGACACACGUGCCAAGCUCUCCCCGAUCGCCCAUGAGGUCACCCAUGUCUUCUGGGUCACCUUCCAGAUCCGAGAAGACGAAGAAACCAACGUCGCCAUGAACGGGACCAUGUUAACCAACGUGCUCAACGUCCUCAGGUCCUCUCCCUCGCCACGGCUCCACCACGUCACCAUCCAGACCGGCACCAAGCACUACAUGGGCCCCAUCAACGACCCGGUCCGUUCUCGCCACCUCGCCUCUCACGACCCGCCCUUCCACGAGUCCAUGCCCCGCCUCCCUUACCCGAACUUCUACUACGCGCUGGAAGACCUCGUCGCCUCCUACGCACCGUCCCUCACCUACUCCGUGCACCGUGCCUCCAUCAUCAUAGGCGCGUCAACAAGGAGCACACACAACGCUCUGCUUAUGCUGGCGGCUUACGCGGCCGUCUGCCGGCACGAAGGGUUGCCGUUUCGGUACCCGGGGACGAGGUACACGUGGGAGCAUUUCUGCGACAUGAUAGACGCAGGGGUCCUGGCGGAGCAACACGUGUGGGCGGCGGUGACGCCGCAGGCCAAAAACGAAGCGUUUAAUUGCACUAACGGUGAUUUCUUUACUUGGAAGAAGAUGUGGAAGGUGCUUAGCGAAGAGUUCGAUGUUGAGUUCGUGGAUUACAAGGAAGAAGACGACUUUGACAUAGUAGAGAUGAUGAGCCAUAAGGGUGAGGUCUGGGAGGAGAUAGUGGAGAAGCAUGGGCUUUACAAGACGAAGCUGGAGGAGAUAGCCUGCUAUCCUCCGUUCAAAGUGGUGGCGAAUUUCAAGUUUCAGCACGUAUCCAGUAUGAAUAAGAGUAAAGAGUUUGGGUUCUUGGGAUUCGCUGAUAGUUUCAAGAGCGUCAGGAAGUGGGUCGCAAGGCUCAGGCACAUGAAAAUCAUCCCUUAAAUUCCUGGGAAGAUCGAUUCCUAAUAUUCAUAGUUUGUGUUUCUGUUUUCAUGUUGAAUUUCUGAGAGUGAACUUGAUGCCAUUAGUUCAAAUAAGUAGUAAAAACAUGGUCUUGUAGGUUGAUUUGUCCCGGGUAACCAGAGAUAUCGAUCUCAAACGAAGCAAAAAUCUCCUGAGAGUGGUUCUUUCUGGCAAUGAGCAAGAGAAGUAGAAGACGAGUGAAGGUGCCGUAGUGCCUCCUAUGAACGAAUAAAAUCGUGCCAUGUGGAAGCCACUCCAAAUAUGGAAUGCGCAGCAGCUGAUGUGCCUCUACGCACCGUUUCAUCAAAGCUAGGAAGGAUCUAGCCGUUUGGUGACGAGCGUUCAUGACCGUUCCUUGAGACAAAUGAUGGUCUUCGCGCGGGCCGCCUAAUCUCCUUUUUAUUUCCCUCCCUGUUGGUGGUUUUUUUUUUUUUCCCCGUUGUUUCGUUUGUAUCCGCAACACGUUGAUUUUGGCUUUGUCUUAAAUGUCAUUACUUAAUUAGGUGCUUUAUAUAUAAACCGCAAA